GCCGAGCUGAAGGACUGUGAUCCCAUUUUUAGGUUGUUUUAUGUUAUUGCAGGAAAACAUGGAAAAAGCUGUGAUACACUUCAUCAUCCUGGGAGUCAUCUCAGGUUUAACUGAAGGAGCUGGUGUGCUGCCAGACAGUCUGAAUGCAGCUGUGGGAGGGAAAGUGAUGUUCACCACAACACUAACUCCAGGAACACCAUUUCAAUCAGUGACCUGGAAAUUUGGUGCUGAAGAUAUGUUUACUUGGAAUGUUAAAAACUUCACCGAACCAGAGUAUGAAGACAGGAUCACUUUUAUCAUGUCUACUGGAUCUCUGGAGCUCAAGAACCUGAGUCUAAAUGACAGUGGAGAAUACUCAGUAUCCAUUUUACUACCUGGAGAACGACCACAGACAGGGACCACAAUACUGAACAUAAAAGAGCCAGUUUCCAAUGUAACCGUAACUUCAGAACCAACAGAGCUGGUGGAGUUCAGCUCUGUCAGUCUGUCCUGCUCCUCCUCUGGAUCCCCUCUCUCUUUCCUCUGGCUGAACAGCAGCUCUGAGGUUACAGGAAGUGACAGAGUUCAGAUCACUGAUGGGAACUCCACUUUAACUAUAAAUAAUGUGACGCGCUACGAUAAGGGACCAUUCAGCUGUCAGGUGACGAAUCUUGUCAGUGAGGGAACCAGUGAUGCAGUAACCCUACUCAUCAUCUUUGGCCCAGAAAAUACAAAUCUGAUAAUAUCUCCAUCACAAGAAUACUAUGACGAAGGAUCAGACAUCAUCCUGACGUGCUCAGCUGACUCCGGACCUCCUGCCUUUGUUCAGUGGUUUCUGAACGGAGCCCUGAUGUCUGAUACUGGAUCAGAUCUCAGUCUGAUGAACGUUCAUAUCAGUCAGAGUGGGAAAUACAGCUGUCAGGCCUUCAACAACAAAACUCUGAUGAAUCAAACAUCUCGGACUGUAGCUGUCUCUGUACGAAGAUCACCAGUCUCCAAUGUAACAGUAACCUCCAGCAGCACAGGGCUGGUGGAGUUCAACAGCUCCGUCAGUCUGUCCUGCUCCUCCUCUGGAUCUUUCCCCUCUUUCCUCUGGCUGAACAGCAGCUCUGAGGUUACAGGAAGUGACAGAGUUCAGAUCACUGAUGGAGGAUCCACUUUAACUAUAACUAAUGUGACCCGCUAUGACCAGGGACCCUUCAUGUGUCAUGUGUUCAAUCUUUUCAGUGAGGGAAACAGUGCUCCACUAAACCUCACCAUCUACCAUGGCCCAGAAAAUACUAUUUUGACAAUAUAUCCGACAAAAGAGCACCAUCAGGAAGGAUCAGACAUCGUCCUGUCCUGCUCAGCUGACUCCGGACCUCCUGCCCAGUUUAAGUGGUUUCUGGAUGGAGACCUGCUGUCUGAUGGACCAGAGCUCAAACUGAUGAACGUUCAGCAAAACCAAAGAGGAAACCACAGCUGUCAGGCCUUUAAUGACAAAACUCUGAGAUAUGAGACGUCUCAGCCUUCAGUUGUUUCUGUGGUACCACCAGGCUGUUCGGGUGGUUGCAUCGCUGGAAUAGUAAUCGCUGUUUUAGUCGUCAUUGGAGCUGUCGGUGGAGGAGGGUACUACGUUUAUAGCACAAAAAAACAACAACAAAGCAGUAACACAAUCAGAAACAACAACAAAGCUGAACCACCAUCUGAUAAUAAAGAACUAGAAGAGGAUGUGUAUGAGAACACUUCAGCGAUAUACGAGAAUGAAUAGACUCAGCCGUCUUCUUUGUGCUGAAGGCCGUUCAGAGAUAAGAAGAGCUUCACAACAUAAUGACAAGGCAGCCCUAAAUGUGAUCACAUUUAGGGCUGUCUGGACAGCAUAUCAACAGACUCUAGCAACGGCGCAUAUGAUUAUACAAUCAGACAAGUGCGAUAAAAAACAUAACCCUAUGAGAGACGUUCUGCAGCAGGUCUGGAUUUAAAAUGUGUCCGACAGGCUGGUAUAAAACCUAAUUAAAGUAAACAAAAAAAAAGUUUAAAAGGAUGUAAGGACCAGUAUGAAUGAAUAAAUAAAAGAAUGAAUGUUUGAACUAAGUUUCGACAUCAUGAAUAGACUAAUCUUUAAUUUCUUGUGUUAGAUUCAGCUCUUAUCUUAUGGCCUUUUCUUGUUUUUGUUUGUCUGCGUUUUUUGAAUGUUUAUUUGCGUUUAUGAAUUUAGUUUUGAAAAGGUAUUGAAAAGGAAUGUUGAUACCAUCAAUUAAAGGUCCCAUGACAUGCUUUACAAUUUAUUACCCGUCCCCUUGUGUGUUAUGUAGCUUGUUAUGCAUGUAAACGGUCUGCAAAGUCAAAAACCCUCAAAUUACACCCUGUAGCGAGUAAAACUCUAACACAGAAAAUACCUGUCUAUG